GCAUACCACUAACACCCCGCGGAGUAAUGUAGAUGUGCCUUCUCUCUCGAUUAUACUAUUUUUGUCAAAAAGUAAUAAUAGGGGAGAGGUGAAUGCAAUAAUGAGAAUUUCACUCGUGUGAUUUGCCUUUAUUCAAAAAAGGAAUUAUGUAAAAUUAAUUGAAUAGAAAUGGAGUGAGCGCAUACAUUGUCCCUAAUCCUAUCCCCUGUUCCUGUAUCAUAUUCGUCUGGGUUGACGAUGAGUGCAGCUCCGAAAGGUUUGUGGAAUUGGAAGGUGUUGAAGGGUCCCCUUCAGUUAGCAAAGGUGUUGCUUUAACAGAGUUAAUGGACUAGUUACUUUCCAAAUCAAGGAAACCAGAAGAAAAAAAAAAACAGGACAAAAGACACAUGAAGACAUUAGUGUUUGAUUCAUAAUGAAGAUAUCGACUAGUUUUACGGUGGCUGUCGAAGCCUAACACAACCCUCGUCCUUUCCCCGAGCUUGGGACCGACAGUGCAAGCAUAGGAGGAGUAGCAGAAAUGAAAAUGUUGGCACACUAGAAAGGAUAUGAUACGCAAUGAGCGGAUUAUAGAAGAUAUUAAAGUAGAGCCUAUUGUGGAGAAACUGAUGGAAAAUCGGUUAAAGUAGUAUGAACAUGUACGAAGAAGACCUAUGAAGGCACCGGUGAGAAAGAUUGAUAACAUGGUAUUUAGCCCUGUGAAGAAAGCAGCUUGUUUCACUUGUAACAAGUUUGUCUAUUGGUUUCGGACCCAGGAGAAUUUGAAGACCAAAUAUUUCCCCCUUUACCAGCGUAUAUGGGUUGGGAAUAAAUGAAGCCUCAACAUAAAGUUGCUGUUGCUCUUGUUAUUAGCUUGCUCAGGAUUCAGUACUCAUUUUGUGGUAAACCUUCUGAUCCUGGUCUAAACAAGUGGAAAUGUAGAUGUACUUCUUUCCAAAGGAACCACAGAUACCCUCUUGCCAAUUGUUCUCAAUCAUGUCAUUGCCAUUCAGAUGCUAAAGAGCGUGGGUCCUUAUGGACAUGCUUAUGUGGUCCAGACGGGUUCCCUAAAGUGGCAGUAGGUGGCCAUAAUCCUAAUUGCUUUAAUGCCUGUGACUGCACCUGGGGAAAUUUUAGGAUGGCAUUGGGUUCAAAGAAACAUAUUUCAAGCAAGAUCGUAUUAGUUAUUCUAAUAAUAUGUGUUAUAUGCACAACUAUUGGAUUUCUCGCCUCAGUUACUUGUUAUGUCUGCCGAAGGGAGAGAUAUCCUAUUCAAUCACCAAUGAUCUCGUCAGAUAAGGAAACGAGUUACAGUAGUGCCUCCAACUUUAUCAGUAAUAGGACUUCUCCAGUGCCAGAAACAAAAGUCACUAUAAACUCUCCUAUUAGUCAUAUUAAAGGAUGCUUUCAGAAGGCCUCUUUCUUGUUUGCAAGUCAAAGAGAAACCUUUCAUGGAAACAUUAUUCAAUUUUCGUUCGUUGAACUGGAAAAUGCCACUGAUAACUUUUCAGCUUCCAACCUAAUUGGACUAGGUGGAAGUAGUUAUGUAUACCGUGGUCAGCUAAAAGAUGGUGGUUAUGUGGCAGUCAAGCGACUAAAAGAUCAAAGAGGGCCUGAAGCAGACUCUGAGUUCUUUACAGAGAUUGAACUAUUAGCUAGACUUCAUCAUUGCCAUCUGGUACCAUUGAUUGGAUACUGCUCAGAACUAAAAGGAAAAAGUGUUCAGAGGUUACUAGUGUUUGAUUACAUGAGUAAUGGUAAUCUGAGAGACCGUUUAGAUGGAAUUUUUGGACAAAAUAUGGAUUGGGCUACUCGUGUUUCAAUUGCAUUAGGAGCUGCAAGGGGCUUGGAGUAUCUUCAUGAAGCAGCUGCUCCAAGAAUUCUUCACAGAGAUGUCAAAUCAACAAACAUUCUUCUGGAUAAAAAUUGGCAAGCAAAAAUAACUGAUCUUGGCAUGGCUAAAAACCUUAGAGCUGAUGACAUCCCCGGUUGUUCAGAUUCCUCGGAAAGAAUGAAGGGUACAUUUGGCUAUUUUGCACCUGAGUAUGCAAUUGUUGGUAGAGCCUCUCUUGAGUCGGAUGUCUUCAGUUUUGGGGUGGUUCUUCUUGAGAUUAUCAGUGGUCGGCAUCCCAUCCAUAAAUCUGCAGGCAAAGAAGAAAGCCUUGUUGUAUGGGCUACUCCUCGUUUACAAGAUGGUAGGCAAGUUAUAACAGAGUUGGUUGAUCCGCAGUUGAAAGGAAACUUCCCAGAAGAUGAGGUGCGAAUAAUGGCAUACUUAGCAAAGGAGUGCUUAUUGUUGGAUCCUGAGACUCGACCAACUAUGAGUGAAGUGGUUCAAAUUCUUUCAAGUAUUUCCCCAGGCAAUAGGAGAAGGAGAAACAUUCCGAUGGGCCUUUUUCAGGAACUAGAGAACAUAGAGAAGCAAAGACAAGCUCCACCGUGUAGAUUUCCAGCGCACAAUUUAUCACCACUUGGUAUUGACCACAAUCUUCAUGUUGGAAACAGAAAUAAAGAUGCAGAUACAGAUACAGUUUCAACUGAGCAUAUGGAGAGUAUGAUCCUCUUGACUUCAAAAGGUGAGAACUGGCAUGCAUUUGAAGAGGAAAUGGUAGACCUAACUGAGCCUCGGUUUGAAUCAUUUUGCAUGACUAACAUCGAUUACUCUUGAUAACAUACACACACCUCUGGCAUGGGCAGAAAAGCAGAAUGCAGAAGUCUAAGGAACUUAUAUCAUGGACUGGUUACCACUCUAUGUGUCUAUGGCUCAAUGGGAUAUUUCAGUGUGCAAUAUGGUUUUGAGAAUAUGUUUAUCUUAAUUUUUUUUCACUUUCAUUUGAAAGGAAGAGCACAUAGGUAUUGAUGUAUAUAAGCACAGAAUGUCUAUGUAGUCUUGUUGUACAGAAAAAGCAUAGGCGAUUCCGAUUCUGCUUUAUUUGGAGAUUGAAUCGGAUGUGAUAAUUUUACAAUUACAGUAAAUAUGCAAUGAUAUUUAGCAGGGUACUGACCUUUGAAGUACUUCUGCUGGUGUAAAUAUUACAUCUAAAUAUUGAGUGUAUAUUUGUAACCAACUGUUUUACUUUAUUU